GAAAAUAUAUUUGCGAUAUAUUUGGUUGAGUUUGUUAGUAGUUUUCCCAAUAUUUCGCUUUUUACGCACAAGACACAUUUUUCCUUGGCUUGCUAAUUGGCACUACAUAUGUAUUAAGCUUCGAAACUGUUAAAAAUAAGAUUCAAGAAUAUAUAUAAAAAAAAUACAAAUCAAUUGAAAUCAAUUUUUUGUACCGAUACACAUUAAUACCGUUAUUACUCUACUAGAACUUUUAAGGUCAAAUGCACUGCAGGCGAAGAUUCGUCCUGCUGAGCAAAAAGCCACAAUGAUUGCCAGUUAGAUGCUAUUACAUGAAACAUAAUUCCCAAAUUCCCUAUUGGCUUGGGGGAAAAAGGAAAAAGGAAAAAGGAAAGCUCCCACAAUGACAACUACCAGUGUGUGCCGAAGGAUUUCCUCGGCAACCGCAUCGCUGCCUCUGGAGGCAAAGGAAGCAGGAAUGACCAAAGCGGCCUCAACCACCAAGUGUUUAGAGUACUCAUCUCCGGCCACAUCGGUUAUUUGUGAGGAAGUAUUUGACGAAGCCUGUUUUCCUUCGCAAGAGGAAAUUAAUGACUAUGCAACUCUAAUUGGAAUCGAACCUCAAGGGGAACAGCACUUGCUUUACCUGGCCAAGGAAGGCCUGAUGGCCGCCUUGCCUUCGGACUGGAAGAUAUGCUACUCGGAGGAGAAGAAUGGCCAUUACUAUCACAAUACGCGCACAAAGGAGUCGCAGUGGGAUCAUCCUCUCGAUGCCAUAUAUCGCGGUCUGGUGGAGCAGACGCGUCAGAAGUUGGCAGCCGAGGGAGGAGCCCUGCCGCCUUGCAUUGACAACUCGGACGAUCUGUCGCUGUUAGAUUCCGGCAUACGCAGCAUGCAGGGCAUCGACGAGAUCCCGUCGCCGUCUCCCCUGCCAUCGCCCCUGGGCAAUCUAGGCAAACAGCUGUCUCUGGCCAAACUGGUGCCAGCAGCAACGAAUGCGACCACGCCACGUAAGCUUGGAGGUGUCUCCAGUCGGUUCUUGGACCUGGCCAAGUCUAGGGUCCAAAGCGGCAGUGGUGGCGGGGGGUUGUUUAAAAAGACAACGGAGUCGUCGUCAUUGAGCAAGAAACUUGAAUACUUCGAGGGCAACGCCGAGUCUCUGGGAAAGCUGCGCAAGGGAUUCGGGCCAGUGUCGUAUCAGAAAGCGGCUACUGGCCGGCCAUUUGAUUUUGAUGGAGAUGUCGCCGUGGCACCAGCAAGUGUCAAGGGUAUUCUCCGCGACUCUAGCAUAACCGACAUAAACCGGCGACUAGAGGGUCGCGAUGACCCAAUAUCCGACAUAUCGGAGGAUAAAAAGAGCGUACGCUUCAAUCUGCAGGAGAUUUCGCAGGCGCAGCAGAGCGCUCAGGAUUCCCCGGAAGAGGAGGAGGAGGACAACGUUGACCUGGAUGUCGUGGUGGUGAAGGACCAAGAUGAGGAGGAGGAGGGCGAUGAUUGGAAUGAAAAUGGCACCGAUUCGCCUGUUAUAGAGAGCAUGCCAUACAGCCUAAAUCCCUUCUUGUGCGACUCCAUUCUAAGGAGCUCCAAGGACUUCCCCCCGGGCGAAGCAUCGAAAAUGAAAGGCGCCGGGUCUGCGCUCUAUCACGAUGACACCGACUCCGACUCCAAGGGCAGCUCUGUCCGCAGCUUUAUUAUAAACAAGUCGGAACAGGGUUCGCUGCAGCUGCCAGAGAACAAGACCUUUGACCUGGACGAGCUGGGUCGGAAGCACAGCUACGAGCUGGAGCAGCUGCAGCUCAAGUCUACCCAGGACUCGGCCAGUGUGGCGGUCGGCGAGAGCCCUCAGAAGUUCACAGAACACAGCCUAAGUGAUGGCCAGGCACAAAAGGAUCUGGAGACCAUCAAGCGUGAGCACGAGGCAAAGGUCAAGGCACUGAGGCAUGAGUACGACCUUCGGCUGACGUCCCACCAGCAUCAGCUGGAGGAAUCAUUCGAGCUCCAGCUGGAGGAGUAUCGUGAGCACCUGGAAAGCGAGCUGCUGGACAAGCGCGCCCUCGUUGUGACCGAGCACAAGAGUCGCAUGGCCACGCUGCAGAGCAACCACGACGAGAUCCUCCGUGAGCUGGAGCGGGACUUGCACAGCGAGGAGGAAAUUGUGCGGCGCGAGCAUGCCGCCAGGCUGGCCCAAGUGCAGGCCAAGCUCAGCCGGGAGCUGGACAUCGAGAAGCAACGGUUCCGGGACAAGGGCGAGGACAGACUCUACGAAAAGGUGCGGUGCGAGAAGCGCCUGCUCGAGGACAAGUACCGGUGCCUCAAGGAGAAAUAUGUGCGGCUCAAAACGGACGUCAAGCUGUCCUUAGAGCGACGCAACCGGCGACGCGAAGCGCAGCUGGCCAUCUCGCAGCACAACACCAAAUCCACCACCGGAUCCGAAACGGAGCGCUCGAUCUCGUACAAGCCUUCCAUUGGCAACAGUGACAAUCGCUCGCUCAGCUACUCGGAGCAUGCGGUGGCUGGCGAGGCCAAGGGGAAGCCGCCAGUGCCGCCCAAGGGGCAACUCGCCAAGCCGAGCAUCGCCACCAAGUACAUAAAGCAAUUGCAGCAGCAGCAGCGGCACGACGACAACACCUCGAUCAGUCAGUCGGACACAACGAUUUCGAACACCUUCAACAACGGUGGCUAUCAUCGGCCAACCCUCAAGUCUGCCAGCGGUGGCGGUGGCGGCGGCGGUGGCGGCGGACUACUGGCCAUUACCCUACUAAGCGACAAUGGCAACUCGACUGGCGAGGAACCGACGCCACAGUCCUCCAAUCAGGAGAACAACAACAACAGCAACAGCAGCAGGAUCAAAGAAACGGCAGCCACUGCCACAGCAGGACUACGGAACGUCGUGUUCUCGCGCACCAAAUCGGCUUCAACGUCGCGCCUAAAUUCGGACACAAGCUAUAACAAGGUGGAGCGACCGUGCACUCCGGUGGAAAACUUGCGACAUCAGCUUCAGAAGCUCGAGGACCUGGAGGAUCAGUUUCCGGAGCACACACUGGACGCCACCGCCACCUAUCACCUGCGCUACCCCUUCACAGACAUCUCCAUCGAGCACGAUGUCAUGGGGGUGGGGUCGUCGGAGCUGGAGUUCUUCAAGCAUCGCAUACACCUGGAACGGGACUCGGUGCGCCGGGCAAAGGAAUCAUUGCGGACGCAGCGCACCAAUUUCAGGCUGCGACAGCGGGAGCUGAGGCAGCGACACAAGGCCACCACCACGACGGUGACGCCAAAGCACUCGCUCGGACAGCUCAUACAGGACGAGAAGGAGCUAACCGAAAUGGAAGUGAAUCUGCACCGCACUCGCUCCCUCCUGGGCGAGAAGGUGAUACGAUUACGGCACUUGGAACAGAGUCUGUUGCGCAUAUACGAUAAGGAAUCGAAUCCGGAGGCCAAGGAUGACUCGGCAACGCUUAGCGAUCUGUCGUCUCACUCCAGCUCUGGCUUCAGCAGCACAGACUUUGCCAGCGCUGCCGGCGGGGACUUGCACAAGCGCAAAGAGUUCUACUUUCAGCAGGAGUCAAACGAAUGCAUACAAAACCUGGAAAUUCUAAAUGCCGAAAUCCGUGAAAUCCUGGAUAUAUUUGGCCAGAAGCAGCAGCAACACCACAGUCUACAGUUCCAGCAGUCUGUUGCGGCUCUACCCAUGGUAUCGCCACCAAUCGUAACCGAUCUCAAUUGGACGCACAUGCUCAACAAGCAGCAGCAGCAGCAGCAGCAGCACUCUUCGAUUAUGGCCUCUGUGGAGCAGCAGCUUCAGACCAACAGCAGUUCCAUGCAAAACUGUCAGAUUGCUGUCGAUGAUGUGGCCGGGGGACUGGCGUUGGCUCACGCCCAUGUACCACACUCGAUUCCCACUCUGGCGGACCGUUUGGAGACCUAUCGUCAGCUGGCUGCUGGGCGCAUGCAGAGUUCAAUGGGCGGGGCGAUUCUCACCGCCAACACCAUCGUUUCGCAGAAUCCCCGGGCUGUGAACUACACAACCUCGCUGGUGGAGCGCACCCGGGACCUGCGCAACUGGCUGCGGCAGGCUAAGAACGAACAUGACCUGCUAGUGGGCGGGCUGGGUGGAUCAUCAGUUGGGGGUGCUACCAUAAUAAGCUCUGCCAGCACCUCGGCUAUCAACACUGUGGCCGGAGGAGCUGGUGCUGGCGGUGUUGGCGGCUCCUCAGACGAAAAGAAGCAUAUUUAAAUAUUGUAAUUUACAUAAAUGAUACAUAUAUGUAGUUACUAUUUGGGUGUUCUUUUGUUUCACUAACAAAGUGUAUUAAAAACUAGAACAUAAAAAGGACAUACAGUAAUUGUAUUCUCGUAUUAGCCUAUUACAGAGCACUGAUUGCAGCCCUUGACUGUCGUGAUUUAAAGUGGAUAGUUUCCCGGUCCUGUCGUGAUUUAUUUUUCAGGAUACUCUUGUCAUAUCUUUGAAAUCCGAAAUGAUUUUUCCAGACUCAUUGACUGCGUUAAGCCUUUUCCGCGUGGUUCCUAUUCCUGAUUUAUAAUUUAAACGUGUUGAUUCCAACUAAUAUGAGAUCUUUAUUAAAUAUUUAUAAUUAUACAUAAAUAGGAAUACGUAAAUAAAGUGCAACACUAUA